ACCCGAAAUGCAACAGCAUACGGGGGAAAUACCAGGCGGGGAAUAGGAAAAGUAGCACCAUGCGAGAACAUCUCUGCGUUCUUUUGGCAGCUUUAAGUUUCUAAAAACGAGAAGAAUAGAGUCUGAAAACACUCAGGACUGCAGCGGAAGUCCUCGAUGUUUUGAGUGGUCGAAUAGUUUGUUUAUAAAUGUUUGAGAGGAGACGAGACAGCGGAUUUGGCCCUCACGCCGGAGCCUAUCAGAGCUAACGAGUUAGCUGUGAUGCUGGGCUGUACGCAGAGCAUGUGAAGCUGAAGUGCAGAUAGCCUUUUUGUAUUAAAUGUGUGCCCUGAUCUGAUAACAUGUCGGGCUUUAACUUUGGAACGGGAACUCUUGGUGUCGCCAACGCUGGAGGCGGAUUCGCAUUUGGGGCCGUAACCAGUGCACCUGCGGCCAGUACUGGUGGUUUCUCUAUCGGAGCAGCUCUGGGUACAGCAGCUCCAAACCCUGCUGCAGCCAUGACCAGCACGACCCCAUCCCUUGGCCUGGGAGGAAGUCUCUUUGGUCAGAAACCUACUGGAGGAUUCUCUUUCAACACACCUGCAUCAAGCGCUGCUCCUACGACAGGCCUCACAUUAGGUGCCCCAGCCUCAUCAGCUGCAUCCACUGGCUUCAGCUUGGCCUUUAACAAGCCCACCGCCUCAGCAACACCCUUCUCCCUCACCGCUGCUACCACCGCCACAUCAGCCCCUGCAGGGGCAGGUUUAUCAUUUGGCUCUGUCCUGACGUCUACAGCUCCUCAGCAGCCUGCAGCAGCAGGCUUCACCCUCGGCCUUGGUGGCACAACAACCACAGCAGCAGCCUCUGUAGGCCCAUCUCUGGGUGGGGGUCUCUUCUCCAGUACUAUGGCUUCAGGUUUGGGUCAGACUCUUGGAGGUGCUGGUGGGUUAACGUUAGGCUCUCUGCUGGCUACCUCCACAGCGGUAUCAGCAGCACCUGCCCCCAGCCUUGGCCUGGGUGGAGUAGACUUCAGCACUUCAUCUGAGAACAAGAGUGAUACAUCAUCUGGAGCCAAUGCUCAGGACAGUAAAGCUUUAAAAGAUGAGAACCUGCCACCAGUCAUUUGUCAGGAUGUCGAGAAUUUCCAAAAAUUUGUGAAAGACCAGAAACAGGUUCAGGAGGACAUCAGCAGGAUGUCAUCGAAGGCCAUUUCAAAAGUCCAAGAUGACAUCAAGAGCCUGAAACAGCUUCUUUCUGUCAGUGCCAGCGGCCUGCAGCGCCAGGCUCUGGCCAUCGACAAGCUGAAGCUGGAGACAGCACAGGAGCUGAAAAACGCUGACAUCUCACUGCGUACACAAAAAACUCCCCCUGGACUUCAACAUGAAAAUACUGCCCCAUCAGAUUAUUUCCGAAGCCUUAUCGAGCAGUUUGAAGUGCAGCUGCAGCAGUACAGGCAGCAGAUAGAAGAACUGGAGAAUCACCUGACCACACAGAGCAGUGGCUCCCACAUCACGCCGCAGGACCUGACUUUGGCCAUGCAGAAGUUGUAUCAGACGUUUGUGGCGCAGGCUGCCCAGCUCCAGUCUGUCCAUGAGAAUGUGAAGAUCUUGAAGCACCAGUACCUUUCCUACCGCCGGGCCUUCCUUGAAGACUCCACAGAUGUCUUUGAGUCCAAACGGGCGUCUAACAGGAAGUGGCAGACUGCGCCUCGAGUCACGACUGGGCCCGCCCCAUUCUCCAGUGUGCCCAAUGCUGCAGCGGUUGCCAUGGCAGCCACGUUGACCCAGCAACAGCAGCCAACUCCAGGGACCCAGGCACCCUUGGGGGCAGGGUUUGGAAACCCCUUUGCCUCGGCAGUGGGCACUAGCUUGGGCUCUUCUACCCUUGGAGGUUUUGGUGGUGGGCCAGGAUUUGGUGGGGUGGGGACUGGGGGGUCUUCUUUUGCCUUCUCCUCCACCAGUAAGCCCACAGGAGGCAGUCUGAGUGCAGGUUUUGGUAGCAGCAGCAGCUCAGGCUUUAACUUCAGUAACCCCGGCCUCAACCCCUCGGCCGGCCUGACCUUCGGUGUGUCUAACCAGCAGGCUGCAGGCUUUGGAGCAGGAAUGCCCCUCCUCCAGCUCAAGAAACCCCCUGCUGGUAACAAAAGGGGCAAGAGAUAGAGCCCUGCGACUGACCAGCUGACCAGCUUUGUGUUUCUAGUGGUUACGGACUGCUCUCCCAAAAGCAUAUAAAUGCUUCCAUUAUCCAAAUAAAGAAUGGUAAAGAAUUCAGUGAACACAUUGAGUAAAUCCAUAAAGAUGAGAUCUACCCCACUAUAAUACAACAACACAGGAUCUCCCAUUUAAUAUCAUUUAUAUGUAAAAGAUCCUACAGACCAACAAUAUUUUGAUUGGCCUGAGAGUUGCCUGCAGGCUUUAAUCUGUGCUUUUGGGAAUGCCAGCCAUAUAGAGAAUUGAAUAAAUCACAAAUUGUUCAGUUACCUGUCAGGAAUUCCUUAAUCUGAAUAUUGUACACAGUACAGGCAGCGUAGUUGGUUCCAUUUUGCUACAGACAAACUCAACCGCAUGACUGCACUUGAACGCCUCUCGAAGUGAUGACUUAGUCCAGGUCUUGUUUAGGGAAGGUUAAGAUACAGUAAAGAGAAAGCCCUAGUUGGUUGGUAACAGCAUAGUCCCUGCCCAAAGGUGUCAGUGGAAGGUAAUAUCUGCUCCUUGAUAGUUUUUUAGUCACAGGAGAAUGUCCAGGGUGGGUUUUUGGGGAAGCACAGUUUUAUUUUUAUACCAAGUUGAGAAAGAGAUGACAUUCUGUUAGGGGUUAAAGGGGACUUGUGUCUUGUGAUAGUCCAUUAUCUAGUCCAAAUAACCUGUCUUGAUUUUGCUAGAGUCCAUCCUUGUCGUUGUUUUAUAAUUACUUUUUCCAACACACGUUUUCCCCACUGUAAGCACUUUGGAGAGGAAACGCUGUUAAUGAAACAAGGCUCCCAUUAAAUGUUAAAUUAGUUGAAUUCAAAAGGGAUUUCACCAGCAGAUCCCAACUAAUCCACUCAGUUUAUACAUGUACUACGAUAGUGUUGCGCUUGCCAGUGUAUAUGACCUGAUUGUUUGAAUGUGCAUGUGUGCUUAUUGCACAAGUAUGAAAUCGUCUCUGGUCUAUCAUUGUUGCUGAAUUGUUUUGAGUGAUUGGGGGAUGUUCUAUUUUUUUUUUUUUUAACUGUCCAUAUAUGUUUGAUUACCACAUACUGGUAGUUGUACUAUUAUUUUCUAAUCACAGUCUAUGUUAACCUGUAUUUUCAAGAUGCUGUUUAAUAAUAAAAUCUUCAAUAUGA